UGCCUGCUGGAGCCGCUUUAUAAAGAGCUAAAUUUACCUAACUUUACGUUGUUUCCUGAGCUCUCACAAUUGGCCAGACGUACUCGGGUUAGAGAGUUAUAAGGUUUGGAGGACCUCCUACCACUUUUAAACUUGUUCAUGUCUUUGGAUCGCAGCUGUGGAGAGGCGACAGUGAAAUACGCGCACUGACUCUGGUGCGGCUGCCGCUCAACACAACGACACUUUGACAAGAGAUAGUUAUUAUUUCACUAAAUGAUGGCCUUGUCUGGAGUGAUGCUACCGUCAUUUUCGACAUUCUCAAACCAAAGAGAGAGAACCUGGGAAAACAGGUGGAAAGGAGAUAUGGACAAAAUAGUCUCCACCAGCUGCUCCAUGCUUGAAAUGGUACAGAACCUGGACAAUCACAGCAGAAAGGACGACGAGGAUCUGAGUAAUUAUUUGGAUCUGGAUUUUAUUCUUGCCAACACAACUGGCUCAGACAGCGCGGCGGAAUUUGUGGGCACAGUUGACCCCAGCAUGUACACGACUGGAAACUCGGUGCCAUCCUACCCAGGAGACGACCACCGCUCCCCGCCGCCCCCAUACGGCGCCAGCCUCAUGACAGAGCUGCUCCGCUCCGAAGGACCCAACAACUAUGGCGUUACGCGCAACCCUGGUGUUCAGGGGAGAUUUUAUGUCAGCACUGGGCCUUUUCCCCGCCAGGACAUCAAAGUGGAGCCACCCAUGGACGGUUACGGUCCCGUUUUGGGCAUGGUGCCCCAAAGCUGCAGCAAAAUCAAGCAAGAAGGGAACGUUUCGUGCAUGAUGCCCUUCGAGCAGCCCCGGGUAGCCAUCUCCCCGAGGGCAGCCAGCAACAUGACCCCGCCUCUCAGCCCCGAUGACCAGGGAGCUUCGGACUGCCAGGCACAGCUGUGCCAGGCCAUGAACUUCUCACAGAAGUAUCACACACCGGCGGGUUUCCCGCACCACCCUCAGGCUCCCCAGAUGCAGAUGUCUUACCACGCUCCACAUACUUCCUUUGGCAUGUACGACGAAGGUCUCAGCCUGCAGCCAGGCGCGCAGAGGGUGAUGCUCACACCUCCCUCAUCUCCCCUCGAGCUGCUGGAGUCCAAACCCAAGAGGGGACGGCGCACAUGGCCGCGAAAGCGCACAGCCACGCACACCUGCACUUUCGCUGGCUGUGGAAAAACCUACACCAAGAGCUCACACCUGAAGGCACAUCUCAGAACUCACACCGGUGAGAAGCCGUACCACUGCAGCUGGGAAGGCUGUGGAUGGAAAUUUGCCCGGUCCGAUGAGCUGACCCGUCAUUUCCGCAAACACACAGGACACAGGCCCUUCCAGUGCCAUCUGUGUGAACGCGCCUUCUCCAGGUCUGACCACCUGGCACUUCACAUGAAGAGACACAUGUGAAGGAGCCCACAUAAGGACUUGGGGUUCAUAGGGGAUUGUGUUAUUUUUAUUGUGAUGCAACUGAUGUAAUUUUUUAAUUUAAAUUGUCCUCCAAAUGACAAAAGUCUUUUUUUUUAUAUAUAAUAUUGAAUUAUUGAGGUUUUAGUGUUAUUAUUUUCUAAUAAUGUAGCUGGUACUACUUUGGUUCUAUAAAAGCUUUAGAAAAGCUUUGUUUGCUUAAGAGCAGGCAGACCAAGAAGGGGCUGGCCCUGUACAGUAUACUACUCCUCUUUGACAGAACUGGAAUGCUGUUUGACACAAAAGUGCCUUUCUAUGACUGUGCUACUGUAAAACUCUUUGUGACAGAACGCUAUGGCCACAAAAUAGUACAUGUUCUUGUUGACAGGAGUGAGAUGCACAUACAGUUGCUUGACAUGUGCAAAGACAAUGUUUUCUUUAAACUGCCUCAAUGUCUGAAUGGUUUAAUUUUUAUGGCUUUUCCCUAUUUGGAGUUGAUGUUGUCUCCUCUUGUGUGAAACUCUUGGAUCUAGUCCCUCUGUUCACUAUCAGGGCUUGAUGUCUUGUGCAUUCUUUUUCACUUAAAUUUAUAUAAGUAUGUACAUGGAUUUUAUACUGUUAAAUGUAUUUAUUGUAAAUAUUAAAAACAAUGAAAUUGAA